UGAUAGCAUCUUUAUUCUUUUCUUUCAGCUAGUUUAAUGAGCAUCUUAGUUUUUUAAUAGAGGUACAAAUGGAUCUGAAGUUCUGCAUUUGCUUGCAUUAGUUUAUUGAAGACAGCAGUGAAUUUGUUUGCUCUAGAUAUUCCCUGUUCAUUUAGAAGGGUUCUGUUCUCCCCCACUUGUAAAAGGAACAAGCCGGAGUCACAUCAACUUCCACAUUAUUUUCUAUAAUAUUCCUCAGUGAGUACACUUCCGAGACUCCUCUCGAUCUCCAAGCGCACACAAGUUCUAUCACCUUAAGAGUGCUUAGUUAUGGAAACAUCAAAAGUAGAUGGCAUUGAUCUUGGUCGAGAGACGUAUGCCUCUCUGGGAUUGGAUAAGUCCUGUAAAGAUGAUUCAGGAACGCCCCAGAUUUUGUUUCAUAUAGCUUCUGCUCUUGAGAAGUCUACACGGAGAAACGAGAAAUUAUGCAAGGCGUCGAAGCGAAAGGAUGCUGUAACCAUCUUCCACGGGUCAAGGGCACCCGCCAUGAGCGUUCGGCAGUACCUCGAGCGCAUUUGCAAGUACACGAGCUGCAGCACGUCCUGUUUCGUCGUAGCGUACAUCUACAUCAACCGGUUCCUUGAAAGAACCGGGGGCUGCCUCACUUCACUUAAUGUCCACAGGCUCUUGAUAACUAGCGUGGUGGUCGCUUCCAAGUUCAUAGACAAUGCGGGUACUAACAAUGCUUAUUUUGCAAAAGUGGGAGGAAUAAGCAAUGCAGAAAUGAACAGGAUUGAGGUCAACUUUCUGUUCAACCUCGAUUUCCGACUUUGCGUAUCGCCAGAGGAGUUCGAGAUGUGUUGCUCACAGUUAGAGACGGAUGGCAGUGGCAAAUACCAGAUCGAUCGCUCGAUCAAGUGUUGCGGAAUUAGAGAAGGGUGGCUCAAGAAAGACAGUGAUAAAUGCACUUCCACCAUUGCAGGGCUCAGCUGCAGAGCUAUUUGAGUCCAAAUGUUACUUUUAUUUUCUGAUGCCUCCUGGCCAGGAAGGGCUAAUUUCUUUCCUUCUAAUUUUGUUCUGUAGCCAUGUCGAAAGUCUGAACUUUAUAAAAGUCUCUUGCUUUACAAGGUCAAACCCGAUUUUGGGUGAGAACAUUCUUUAGUGCCAGACAAAAUGAAGUGUUACAAGCAUAUUAUGACCA